AUGUGUUUAGGUAGGUGUGACUCAAACUUAAGCCUGUUUUGGCUAAAUCGUACACUUUUAUGCUAUAAAUAUCGCAAUGCAUCUUUAAUGAGAUUCUCAUCCAAGCCUCAUUUUCAAAAUACAAAAAUUCUGAUUUAUCAGAUGGCCCCUCUGCCAGCAGAAAACAUCUUUCCAAUCAUUUUCCUCCUCUUGACAAUAUUUUCAGUAUCCAGAGCUGAACUUCAUGCUCAUUACUACGACCAAACCUGCCCACAAUUGGAAAAAAUAAUAUCAGAGACUGUUCUCAAUGCUUCUAAGCAUGAUCCAAAAGUCCCAGCUCGUAUCUUGCGAAUGUUUUUCCAUGACUGUUUCAUAAGGGGGUGUGAUGCAUCAAUAAUGCUGGACUCAACAGCCACUAACCAAGCAGAGAAAGAUGGCCCUCCUAAUAUCUCAGUUCGGUCGUUCUAUGUGAUUGAUGAAGCCAAAGCAAAGCUUGAAUUAGCUUGCCCACGCACUGUUUCUUGUGCUGAUAUAAUUGCCAUUUCAGCUAGAGAUGUGGUAGCCAUGUCUGGAGGUCCAUAUUGGAAUGUACUAAAAGGAAGGAAAGAUGGAAGAGUAUCAAAGGCAUCUGAUACCGUCAACUUACCUGCUCCAACCUUCAAUGUGAGCCAACUAAUUCAGAGCUUUGCUAAGAGAGAUUUGACAGUUAAAGACUUGGCAACUUUAUCGGGAGGUCACACUUUGGGCUUUUCACAUUGUUCUUCCUUUGAGGCACGUAUACAUAAUUUUAGUUCAUUCCAUGACACAGAUCCAAGUAUGAACACUGAGUUUGCUUUAGACCUAAGAAAGAAAUGUCCAAAUCCAAACCACAACCACCACGCAGGACAGUUCCUGGACCCAACAGCAUCAGUGUUUGACAAUGACUAUUACAAACAACUGUUGGCCGGGAAAGGUGUGUUUUUUUCAGAUCAAUCACUUGUUGGUGAUCACAGGACUAAAUGGUUUGUUGAAGCAUUUGCGAAAGACCAGGGUUUGUUCUUCAAAGAGUUCACAACUUCAAUGUUGAAACUUGGAAAUCUAAGAGGCUCUAAAAAUGGAGAAGUAAGACUUAAUUGCAGGAUUGCAAAUUAA